AUGGGGAAUUCACAGAGUCAGUCCGGAGGGUACUUGAACUAUUGUGACUAUCUUGCAGACAUCCUGUGCUGUAUAGCAUGUGGGAUCCAGAUCACCGGGUGCACCAGAAAGGAUAUACUAAAUGAGCGAGAAGACUGGAAGCGAUCAGCCAGAUGGCGUAGACAUCUUUUCACGACAGCUGCAGAGCUGGAGCAUAUGUACUUCAAAAAGACUCCUAAACUGUGGUCUUAUUACUACCGCGCAAUACUCGUUGACUCCGAAGGCGAUCGUUUGUCAGGAAUAUGUCCAAAGAUCUAUCAUUCUAAAAAGCACGUUAAUCGUGUACCCACUGAUCCUCAGAGAGCCCGCAUUUUCGGGCCGGUCAGGAAGGGAAGUCGAAACGUUGACUUCCGCAUGGCUAGGAUAGUUUAUGACACUGAGCCGGACAUACCGAAAGAGCGCAUCGGGUAUCCUAUCCAUGCGCACUGCUGGCUGCUUCUUGACCGCGUGAUCGGACAUGAAAUCGUCAAGAAGAAUCUGCGAGAAUUCGGCCGAGCUGUGGACGCAUAUUGGUGGCGUAAUUUGGGAAAUUGGGGGACUGGAUUAUGGCAUCAUGAGGACGAAAUGUUGUUCUAUGGGACACAAGCCGGUCAUCUAUCAUGUUACGGGAAGCCCGCGACGCGCGAAUGUACGGAUGUGCAUCUGCGAGGGCAUUCGGCGAUCGUUGACCUGCCGUUGGAUAUUGCGAUUCUCAUCGUCGAUCUGAUCUAUGGGAGUCGCCCGCGGUCCAUGGAAAGACUGAUUGAUACGCGCAAUUUGCUGGAAGCGUUUCAGUGGAAAUUGCCCGAGACAUACUGGAAAACGCGGUGCGACUAUUGGCUGGUGUUUGAGAUGGACGACCUCAUCAGGGAGAAGCGUGCUCUCAAUUGGUCGAGGUUUUGUCUUGGACUGGAGCUUCUAUUGGAGAGAGGUUGGUACUGCAAUAGUGGCUUGAGAACACGCCAACGAGCUUUGACUUCGCUCGGAGGUAUCAAGGAGCACUUUUUAAACAUGAUUGAGAAGUAA